AAAGACCGCCGCCGCCGCCGCGAAUCCAGCUCGCAGGAGGAAGAGGUCAUCGACGGUUUCGCCAUAGCCAGCUUUAGCACGCUGGAGGCGCUGGAGAAGGACAUGGCCCUGAAGCCACAUGAGCGGAAAGAGAAAUGGGAACGUCGUCUCAAGAAGCCCCGGGAGUCGGAAAACUGCCCAUCCUCAGAACCCAGUGUGAGCAGGCAGCCCCUGGAAGCUGGUAGCCCUGGGCAGGACUUGGAGUCUGCCUGUGACGGAGGGGCCAGGAAGGUCCCACUACAGCCUUCCAAGCAGAUGAAGGUCACCAUGUCCAGAGGAGGUGGCCAGAACAGUGAUGAUGACAGUGUCCUUGAAGCUACCAGCUCCCAGCAGAGCAGCUCCCGAGACCAGCUCAGUGACAGCUCAGCACAGGCAGUAUCUGGAAGAGGCUACUCUUGUGACAGCGAGAGUGGCGUGGAUGACAAGGCAUCCGUGGGCUCAGAGCAGCUCUUUGCCCCAGCAGCUGAUACAGGUCUAGUGCAGGUCGAAAAGUCUGAGGCUAGGACCGGGGUGGUACCCAAGGUGUCAGGCCUGGAGCGCAGCCGUGAGCUCAGUACCGAGCCCUUCCUGCCCACUGCCUCCCUGCCCACGGCACCGCCCGGAGCCCACAGCAGCCUGCUGCUGAAGACAGAGGCGGUACUCCACCACACCACGCCGUCCACACCCCCACAGCACCGCGGCCCACUGCCCACGCAUGAGACUGCGCCCCUGGGCACCUUCACAGGCCCCAGCCAGGCGGCACCCUCGGGCCUGCACCUGCCGGGCCUCAGGAACAGCAGCGUGGGCAGCGGCACCCCACUGGGCCUGGGGAAACACGGGUCGCUGUCACAGCUGGGGCCAGGCCACCUCUCUACCUCACACCUGGCUCUCCGGGCCCAGGUGCACCAGCACCCUGCGGCCAUGUUUGCCGCACCCACACUGCCCCCGGCCCCGGCGCUGCCCAGCAGCCUGGUGAUCCCAGGACACCCCGCAGAUGCCAGCCUGUUGCUCUCCCUCAGCCAGCCAAUCAUGUAUUGCCAGCCUCACUCGGGGAUUCUGAUUGAUCAAGAGCUGCUCAGGCAAGAGCUGAACACGCGGUUUCUGGUGCAGAGUGUGGAGCGGCCAGGCGCCCCCUUGGGCCCGGGGGCCUUGCUCCGGGCCGAGUUCCACCAGCACACACACCAGCACACACACCAGCACACACACCAGCACCAACACACGUUCGCCCCCUUCCCGGGGCUGCCCCCGACACAGCUCAUGCCGCCCGCCGCACCCCCACUGUUUGACAAGUUCUCGCCUAAGCUGGACAGCUCCUACUUCCGACAUUCCAACCUCUUCCCACCCUUACCCUCUGCUGUCCCGGGGCUGCCCACACUGCUUACACACGCCAGCCCCUUUGGGUCCCUGCAGGGCGCUUUCCAGCCCAAGACUGCAAACCCGAUCCAGGUCCCAGGCCGAGCCAGUGCGGUCCACGCCCUCCUGCAGAAAGCCCCUGGGGUUACUGACCCGUACCGGGCGGCAGCCAGGAAGCCAGGGAAGUGGUGUGCAGUACACGUACAGAUCGCCUGGCAGAUCCUCCACCACCAACAGAAGGUGAAGCUGCAACUGGACCCCCACAAGCUGGAGGUGGGCACAAAGCUAGACCUGUUCAGCAGGCCCCCUGCCCCAGGUGUGUUCUCGGGGUUCCACUACCCACAGGAUCUGGCCCGGCCCCUCUUCUCCAGCACAGGUGCCAUCCACCCUGCCGCCCACUCGUUCGGGCCCUCUGCCCAUCACGGCAGCUUCCUGCCUGCUGCUCACCUCACAGACCCUUUCAGCAGAUCAGGCACCUUUGGGGGCCUGGGCAGCCUGGGCAGCCAUGCCUUUGGAGGGCUGGGGAGCCACGCGCUGGCAGCUCCAGGGGGCAGCAUCUUCGCCCCCAAGGAGGGUUCCACGUUGCACGGCCUGCCCAGCCCGCAUGAGGCGUGGAGCCGGCUGCACCGGGUACCGCCCUCCUUCCCCACGCCACCCCCAUGGCCCAACCCUGCGGAUGCGCUGAACAGCCAUGCGCGAGAGCCCAGGGAGCUGGAGCCCGGCCUGGAGGAGCGGGAGCGGGACCUCCUGGAGAAGACUCGCCUGCCUCGGCCCCCGGUGACGCACGCUGUGCUGCUGCGCGCUCCCGAGCCCCGCGUCAAGGACCCACGCUCGCCG